CUGUAAAACAGUUGCCUUCGGCAAUAGAAGCUCCAGUAAUUUCGCAAUCACCUGAUAUACAAAAAAUGAUUAAUGAGGCAUUAGCAAAACAGAAAUCUGAUUCCGAUGCUGAGAUAGAAAAAUUAAGAAAGGAAGUAUUGCAAAGCAAUGGGGCUUCGCCCCUUCAAUCUCAAAAAGCACAGAAAACUCAGGCAACAGUUUCGCAAACA